ACACGGCUGCUCAGUUUGUCAAUCAAAUUUUGGAUAUCAGACGUGCAACACUUGGCUGGAUAGAAUGCUGUUCAAGGUGCUGUUGCUCUCGUUGCUGCUCUCUUUGAGUAGCUGCACGGCCAAGCCCCAUUUGCUGGCUGCCACGCCUGUGGGCUAUGCAACCGUCGCUGCACCGGCAGCUGCUGUCCCAGUUGUCGCCGCCGCCGCCGCCCCCGCCGCCUACUAUCCGGCCUAUGCGGCGUAUGCGUAUACGCCCGUCUAUUACGGCUCAUACGCCGCGUAUCCCGCCUACUAUCCGUACUUGAGGCGCUGAGCCUGUUGCUUUGUUUUAUAUAUGUACUAAAUAUACAGUAUUGAGCGAGCAGAGGUGUAGCUACAGCGACAAAAUUGAUUAAACUACGUGUGUGUGUGUGUGUGCGUGUGUGUGUGAGUCUCACAUUUUACGUUGAUUCGUUUUGGCGGCUGCUGUAAAUAAAAUAAAAGCAUUUAUGAAAUCAACACAGACACACACACACACACACAAACACACAUGCACACACAUACCUACACAUAUAUACCUACACAUAUAUAGAAUAAUAAGCAAAUCAAUAAAAAAGGCAGCCGUACGUACACGUGUUUCUUUGCAGAUUU